UUGAAUCAAGUGUUAGAGUGUCUUUGUUGUGUUGAAAAAAGUGUCAAAAUGUCUAAAUCUGUAAAACUGAGGUUGCUGGUGAAGCAGCGGCUAACUGCGGCUGCUGAGGAGAUUUUUGGGCUGUUUGAAAGGUCGAUAGCAGAGUACGAGGAGGAACUUUCUCGAUCAAAAGAGGAAAACGAGCGACAAAAGAAACUAUUGGACGCUGUUUUCAACUCUCAGCUUCAGUCACACGAACCAGACGUCCAGCAGCUGUUGGUGGUUAAAGAAGAGGUUCCUCCUGAGCAGCAGGAGUGGACCUCCAGAGUGGACCAGGAGGACCCAGAGCCUCCACACAUUAAAGAGGAGCAGGAGGAGCUCUGGAUCGCUCACAAAGGAGAGCAGCUUCUGGAGGAGGCUGAUAUCACUAAGUUCACAUUCACACCUGCUCCUGUGAAGAGUGAAGAUGAUGAAGAGAAACCUCAGACCUCAAAACUUCAUCAAAGACAUACUGAACUAAUGGAAACUGAUGGAGAGGACUGUGGAGGACCAGAACCAGAUACACAUUUACAACCUGAGACUGAUGGCAAGACUGGAGACUCUCCUGAACCGGAGACUGACGACAGUGACGAUUAUUGGAAGGAGACCCGAGACUCUCAGUCAGGUCUUAACUCUCUCACUUAUGAAGUACCAGUCAGUUAUUCGAGAUGUAGUACUGGUGAGAAACCAUUUAGCUGCUGUAUGUGUGGGAAAAGGUUCGGCUCCAAGACAGAUCUGGAGAGACACAUGAGAACUCAUACAGGAGAAAAACCUUUCAGCUGCUCCGUUUGUAAGAAAUCCUUUACGCAGAGUGGACAUUUACAGAGACACAUGAGGAUCCACACAGGAGAGAAACCUUUUAACUGCUCCGUUUGUAAAAAAUCUUUCACGGAGAGUGGACAUUUACAGAACCACAUGAGAAUCCACACAGGAGAGAAGCCUUUCAGCUGCUCAGUUUGUAACAUCUUUUUCACACAGAGCGGAGAUUUACAGAGACACAUCCGCACUCACACAGGAGAAAAACCUUUCAGCUGCUCGGUUUGUAAGAAAACGUUUACUCACAGUGGGCAUUUACAGAAACACAUGAGGUGUCACUCAGGAGAGAAACCUUUCAGCUGCCCUGAGUGUGAUAAAAGAUUCCCUCGCAAAGAGACCUUAGCUCAUCACAUGAGGAUCCACACAGGAGAGAAGCCUUUCGUCUGCCGUGUUUGUGACCAAAGAUUCACUUGGCUUUCGCAGCUCAGAAACCAUCAGUGCGUUGCUCAGAGCUGUCAGCCUCAUGAAACUCAAACUGAGGAGAACAGAGACGCAGAGCCUCCAGCCAGCAGCCGAGCUGAACAGAUGGAAACAGAAGGUGAUGGAGAGGACUGUGGAGGACCAGAACCAGCCAGGAACUCAGAUCCAGAUACACAUUUACAAAAUCGCCGGUUCUCCCGACUGACACUUUUCUUGCUACGGCCACGUUAUUCAUCGUCGGAUUAUGGAAAGAAUGUGAAAAUGUCUAAAUGUCAGAUGUUGAGGUUGCUGGUGAAGCAGCGGCUAACUGCGGCUGCUGAGGAGAUUUUUGGGCUGUUUGAAAGAACGAUAGCAGAGUACGAGGAGGAACUUUCUCGAUCAAAAGAGGAAAACGAGCGACAACGAAAACAACUGGACGCUUUUUUCAACCCUCAGCUUCAGCUGCACCGAGCAGACGUCCAGCAGCUGUUGGUGGUUAAAGAAGAGGUUCCUCCUGAGCAGCAGGAGUGGAGCUCCAGAGUGGACCAGGAGGACCCAGAGCCUCCACACAUUAAAGAGGAGCAGGAGGAGCUCUGGAUCGCUCACAAAGGAGAGCAGCUUGUGGAGGAGGCUGAUAUCAAGUUCACUCCUGUCGCUGUGAAGAGUGAAGACGAUGAAGAGAAACCUCAGACCUCACAGCUUCAACAAAGACAGACUGAGCAGAUGGAAACUGAUGGAGAGGACUGUGGAGGACCAGAACCAGACAGGAGCUCAGAUCCAGAUACACAUUUACAACCUGAGACUGAGGACAAGACUGGAGACUCUCCUGAACCCGAUGACGUUGGUGAAAAUUGCAAUGAAACCAGAGAACCUCGGUCAGGUUUGAACUUUAUGAUAAACGAUGAAGUCCCGGUCAGGGAUUGGAGAUGCAGUGCUGGUGAGAAACCAUUUAGCUGCUCUGUUUGUGGGAAAAGAUUUGGUAAAACUGGAAAUCUGAAACGACACAUGAUCACUCAUACAGGAGAGAAACCUUUCAGCUGCUCUGUGUGUGGGAAGAGAUUUUACCGCAAGACGCAUCUACAGGAACACAUGAGAUCUCACACAGGAGAAAGACCUUUCGGCUGCCCAAUUUGUGGGAAUUCUUUCACACAUCGUGGAAAUUUACAGAAACAUAUGAUAAUCCACUCGGGAGAGAAACCAUUUAGCUGCUCUGAGUGUGGUAAACGAUUCCCACGUGAGGGAUACUUAGUCCAUCACAUGAGGACCCACACAGGAGAGAAACCUUUCAGCUGCAAUGUUUGUGACCAAAGAUUCACCUGGCUACACCAACUCAAAAACCAUCAGUGUGACGUUAUUCCCUGUUAGUAAUUAAGUAUGUCGCACUGGUGAGAAACCAGUUAGCUGCUCUAAUUGUGGGAAAAGACUUGGCUGCAAGAGAAUUCUGAAGAGACGCACUUCAACUCAUACAGGAGAAAAAUGUUUCAGCUGCUCAGUUUGUGAAAAGUCAUUAAGACAAAGUGGAUAUUUACAGACACACGUGGUAACUCGUACAGGAGAAGAAUCUUUCAAAUGGUCAGUUUGUAAGAAAUCUUUUACACAUUGUGCACAUGAGAAACCACACAGGAGAGAAACCGUUUAGCUUUGCUGAGUGUGGAAAAGAAGCUGACCACAAGACUCUUUUAAAACAACACACAAGAUCUCAUA